AUGACAAGUACUCAUACUGAUCUCAUUCACCCAGCUAGAGGUCUGAGACAGGGUGAUCCCCUAUCACCCCUUCUUUUUACUCUAUGUAUGGAGUAUUUUUCGAGGCCUAUGAAAACUGUUGGGGAACAUCCCCUCUUUAGAUUCCACUCAAGAUGCAAAUUGGUUUAUCUUAACCACUUUUGCUUUGCUGAUGACCUAUUGAUGUUCUGUAAAGCUGACCCAGAGGUAGUCCAAUUGAUGCUAGAAGGGUUUAAGCUCUUCUCUAACACCACAGGGCUGAAGGUUAAUGCCAGCAAAUCUUCUGUGUAUUGUUGUGGCAUCAGCCCCACGGAUAAGGAAGCUAUCGGAGCAAUCACUGGUUUCCAAUUUGGGAGCCUACCUUUCAGAUAUUUGGGAGUCCCCAUCAGUGUUGGUAAACUUAGAGCUAGUGACUGUGAAGCUUUAGUAGACAAGAUGACCCUCGAGAUUAAAGUCUGGAGCUCCAGGAAUAUUUAUUUUGCAGGAAGAGCUCAAUUGAUAAACUUUUUGUUGAUAAGCAUUCGUGUCUACUAG